GGCGUGCAGAAGUCUGAGACGAUGGCCCCGAUGCUGACGAAGCCGGCGGCGAGCGAGGGAGCCGCCCUCAGUCCGCGUACGAGUCGCGUCGCCAUGGUUCGUUUCUGCGCACAGGUCGCGCAGAAGUCUGAGACGAUGGCCCCGAUGCUGACGAAGUCGGCGGCGAGCGAGGGGGCCGCCUUCAGUCCGUGCACGAGUCGCGCCACGGCUCGCUUCUGCGCACCGGGUGUGCAGAAGUCUGAGAAGAGGGCCCCGAUGCUGACGAAGUCGGCGGCGAGCGAGGGGGCCGCCUUCAGUCCGCGAGCGAGUCGCGCCACGGCUCGCUUUUGCGCACAGGGCGCGCAGAAGUCUGAGACGAUGGCCCCGAUGCUGACGAAGUCGUCGGCGAGCGAGGGGACCGCCUUCGGUCCGUGCGCGAGUCGCGCCAUGGUUCGCUUCUGCGCACAGGGCGUGCAGCAGUCUGAGACGAUGGCCCCGAUGCUGACGAAGUCGGCGGCGAGCGAGGGAGCCGCCCUCAGUCCGUGUGCGAGUCGUGCCGCCACGGCUCGCUUCUGCGCACAGGGCGUACAGAAGUCUGAGACGAUGGCCCCGAUGCUGACGAAGCCGGCGGCGAGCGAGGGAGCCGCCCUCAGUCCGUGCACGAGUCGCGCCGCCAUGGUUCCUUUCUGCGCGCAGGGUGUGCAGAAGUCUGGUGCGCAGACGUCUGAGACGAUGGCCCCGAUGCUGAAGAAGUCGGUGGCGAGCGAGGGAGCCGCCCUCAGUCCGUGUACGAGUCGUGCCGCCAUGGUUCGUUUCUGCGCACAGGGUGCGCAGAAGUCUGAGACGAUGGCCCCGAUGCUGACGAAGUCGGCGGCGAUCGAGGGAGCCGCCCUCAGUCCGUGUACGAGUCGUGCCGCCGCGGCUCGCUUCUGUGCCCGGGGCGCGCAGAAGUCUGAGACGAUGGCCCCGAUGCUGACGAAGUCGGCGGCGAGCGAGGGAGCCGCCCCAUGUUGCAGAACGAGUCGCGCCACCGUGGUCCGUUUCUGCGCAGAGGGUGUGCAGAAGUCUAAAACGAUGGCCCCGACGCUGACGAAGUCGGCGGCGAGCGAGGGAGCCGCCCUCAGUCCGUGUACGAGUCGUGCCGCCAUGGUUCGUUUCUGCGCACAGGGUGUGCAGAAGUCUGAGACGAUGGCCCCGAUGCUGACGAAGUCGGCGGCGAGCGAGGGAGCCGCCCUCAUCGCGCCACAGGGUGCGCAGAAGUCUGAGACGAGGGCCCCGAUGCGGACGAAGUCGGCGGCGAGCGGGGGAGCCGCCCUCAGUCCGUGCACGAGUCGCGCCGCCAUGGCUCGUUUCUGCGCACAGGGCGCGCAGCAGUCCGAGACGAUGGCCCCGGUGCUGACGAAGUCGGCGGCGAGCGAGGGAGCCGCCCUCAGCCCGUGUACGAGUCGCGCCACCAUGGUUCGUUUCUGCGCACAGGGUGCGCAGAAGUCCAAGACGAUGGCCCCGACGCCGACGAAGUCGGCGGCGAUCGAGGGAGCCGCCCUCAGUCCGUGCACGGGUCGCGCCAUGGCUUGUUUCUGCGCACAGGGCGCGCAGAAGUCUGAGACAGGGGCCCCGAUGCUGACGAAGUCGGCGGCGAGCGAGGGAGCCGCCCUCAGUCCGCGCACGAGUCGCGCCGCCAUGGUUCGUUUCUGCGCACAGGGCGCUCAGAAGUUUGGGACGAUGGCCCCAAUGCUGACGAAGUCGGCGGCGAGCGAGGGAGCCGCCCUCAGUCCGUGUGCGAGUCGUGCCGCCACGGUUCGUUUCUGUGCACAGGGUGUGCAGAAGUUCGAGACGAUGGCCCCGAUGCUGACGAAGUCGGCGGCGAGCGAAGCGAGGGAGCCGCCCUCAGUCCGCGCGCGAGUCGCGCCAUGGUUCGCUUCUGCGCACAGGGGCGCGCAGAAGUCUGAGACGAUGGCCCCGAUGCGGACGAAGUCGGCGGCGAGCGAGGGAGCCGCUCUCAGUCCGCGCACGAGUCGCGCCGCCGUGGUUCCUUUCUGCGCACAGGGCGCGCAGAAGUCUGAGACGAUGGCCCCGAUGCGGACGAAGUCGGCGGCGAGCGAGGGAGCCGCCCUCAGUCCGUGUACGAGUCGUGCCGCCAUGGUUCGUUUCUGCGCACAGGGUGUGCAGAAGUCUGAGACAGGGGCCCCGAUGCUGACGAAGUCGGCGGCGAGCGAGGGAGCCGCCCUCAGUGGGCGUGCGAGUCGCGCCAUGGCUCGCUUCUGCGCACAGGGUGUGCAGAAGUCUGAGACGAUGGCCCCGAUGCUGACGAAGUCGGCGGCGAGCGAGGGAGCCGCCCUCAGCCCGUGUACGAGUCGCGCCGCCAUGGUCUGUUUCUGCGCACAGGGCGCGCAGAAGUCUAAGACGAUGGCCCCGAUGCUGACGAAGUCGGCGGCGAGCGAGGGAGCCGCCCUCAGUCCGUGUACGAGUCGUGCCGCAAUGGUUCGUUUCUGCGCAAAGGGUGCGCAGGAGUCUGAGACGAUGGCCCCGACGCUGGCGAAGUCGGCGGCGAGCGAGGGAGCCGCCCUCAGUCCGUGCGCGAGUCGUGCCGCCAUGGCUCGCGUCUGCGCACAGGGCGCGCAGAAGUCUGAGACGAUGGCCCCGAUGCUGACGAAGUCGGCGGCGAGGGAGGGAGCCGCCCUCAGUCCGUGUACGAGCGGUGCCGACAUGGUUCGUUUCUGCGCACAGGGCGUGCAGAAGUCUGAGACGAUGGCCCCGAUGCUGACGAAGCCGGCGGCGGCGAGGGAGCCGCCCUCAGGUGCGCAGACGUCUGAGACGAUGGCCCCGGUGCUGACGAAGUCGGUGGCGAGCGAGGGAGCCGCGCCCAGUCCGUGUACGAGUCGCGCCGCCAUGGUUCGUUUCUGCGCACAGGGUGUGCAGAAGUCUGAGACGAUGGCCCCGAUGCUGACGAAGUCGGCGGCGAGCGAGGGAGCCGCCCUCAAUCCGUGCACGGGUCGUGCCGCCACGGCUCGCUUCUGCGCACAGGGUGUGCAGAAGUCUGAGACGAUGGCCCCGAUGCGGACGAAGUCGGGUGCGCAGAAAUCUGAGACGAUGGCCCCGAUGCUGACGAAGUCGGCGGCGAGCGAGGGAGCCGCCCUCAGUCCGUGUGCGAGUCGCGCCGCCAUGGCUCGCUUCUGCGCACAGGGUGUGCAGAAGUCUGAGACGAUGGCCCCGAUGCUGACGAAGCCGGCGGCGAGCGAGGGAACCGCCCUCAGUCCGUGCGCGAGUCGUGCCGCCAUGGUUCGUCGCUGUGCACAGGGUGUGCAGAAGUCUGAGACGAUGGCCCCGAUGCUGACGAAGUCGGCGGCGAGUGAGGGAGCCGCCCUCAAUCCGUGCACGAGUCGUGCCGCCAUGGCUCGCCACGCCGCCAUGGUUCGUUUCUGCGCACAAGGCGCGCAGAAGUCUGAGACGAUGGCCCCGAUGCUGACGAAGUUGGCGGCGAGCGAGGGCGCCGCCCUCAGUCCGUGUACGAGUCGUGCCGCCAUGGCUCGCUUCUGCGCACAGGGUGUGCUCAAGUCUGAGAAGAUGGCCCCGAUGCUGACGAAGUCGGCGGCGAGUGAGGGAGCCGCCCUCAAUCCGUGCACGAGUCGUGCCGCCAUGGUUCGCUUCUGCGCACAGGGUGUGCAGAAGUCUGAGACGAUGGCCCCGAUGCUGACGAAGUCGGCGGCGAGCGAGGGAGCCGCCCUCAAUCCAUGCACGAGUCGCGCCGCCGUGGUUCGUUUCUGUGCACAGCGUGCGCAGAAGUCUGAGACGAUGGCCCCGAUGCUGAAGAAGUCGGCGGCGAGCGAG